AUGUUUACUGGCUUCUCUGCUGUGGCUCUUCUGGCAAUCUUCUCGUCGGCCCUGCCUGUGCUCAUAUGUCACUCCAAGCUCGUUCAAGUUCCCAUCUACCUUUCCUCGACCGCCAUCCUCGUCGUCGAGUGGAUCAAAUUAGUGACUAUGACAGCCAUGCUGGCUCGGCAAAUGAAGCUCUCGACUGGCAGUUGCUCGAUACUGCGGCUCUGCGAUGAGCUCUUUGGCCUUCGGUCGGACUGGAAAGCCGCCAUUCUACCCUCGGUCCUGAUGGUCACCUCUACCAACCUGCAGUACUUUGCCAUCCUCUACAUGGGAGUCCCGCACUUUGUUCUGGCUGCCCAGCUGAGCACCGUAGCCACCGCUGCGCUGCGCUGGUGGAUCCUGAAGCGGACCUUGUCCUGGAAGAAGAGCAUUGCCCUGGCGGCCAUCGUCGUCGGAGUCAUGGUCGUGAAUCUCAACCACGCCUUCCUAUCGCUCAUCGUCCGACUGCUGUACUUCUCACCCGAGUGGAUCGAGGACGCGGCUACGGGUGCUCUCAUCUUGGCUUGUCUACUUGUCGGCUCCUUCAACACCUGGUACGAUGGGCCUGCACGGAGUUCGUCUCCAAGCACUUUGGUUCGGGGCAUUCAAAUGAGUGUCUUUGGAGUCCUUGGCGCGGCUCUUCUUGCAUUGUGCAUGGACAGCGACAUCAUCUUGGAGAACGGAAUGUUUCACGGCUACACCAUGUGGACGGCAGCCACGAUUCUAUGCCACAGCCUCGGCGGAUUGCUGCACGAUUCCGUCCAAAGAUGCGCUGGCAGCCAAGCCCGCAGUCUUGCCACCUCUCUGUCGAUCCUCAUCGCUGCGGCCAUGUCCUUCUAUCUGUGGGGCUUUGAGCCUUCGCCAGCCACAGUGUGUGGUGCAGUAUUUGUCAUUGGUGGGACUUGCGCAUUCGGGCUUUACGAGGGCCAGAGUCCGCGGCUCCCACACACCAUCGACGAGGUCGGCGACUUGAAGAACCGCGAGGCCCAAGUCUAGAGCCAACGCAUGGCCACGAAGCCGCCGAGUCCUCGGCUUCAGCUUUGGCCUGCGGAAUCAUGGAUGGCUGUGCAGGCUUGCCAGCCGCGAAUCCAACUUCGAAAUACCGAUCCGG